AUUUUUGCAUAAAUUAUGACCAAACCUUCUUUUCUUCUUAUCACCUUUUGAUUUAGCGUAUAAAUUGACACAAACACAUAAAAUGUUUAGUCUGUGAACAAAUAUCAAUCUAUAAGCAAUAAUAUAAUGGUCACAAAACUGAUGUCUCUAUCAUUGACGCUCAUCUUCGUCCUCCUCGUAUCUACCGUAUCCGUGAACUCGACACCAAGAAACCUCUCGCAGGCUGCUGAAAACAAAGGAGUAUGGUGCAUAGCGGGUGACAAAGCGACAGAUAAGCAACUGCAAGCGAAUAUAGAUUGGGUUUGCAGCGACGAAGGAGGAUUCCGUGACUGUGGAGCGCUCAAUUCCGGUGGACCUUGCUUUGAACCAAACACGGUAAGAGAUCACGCGUCGUUCGCAAUGAACUUGUAUUACCAGAACCUUGGUGCCACCAAGGAACAAUGCAAUUUCCAUAACACUGGCAUUGAAGUUUCUACCGACCCAAGCCAUGGCUCGUGUAUUUUCGUAUCUUAUUAGAAUUCUAAUUCCGCUUUUAUGUGGGAACUUGUUAAGCCUAAACUCCAGUUAAAUAAGUUGAAAAAAAAACUAUAUACCAAAA